CUGACAGAUCUUAAGAGUUGAAAAAUAAUAUCAGCAGAAGCAGAGAAGUUAAGCAGCAGCAAAGAGGAGUGAGAAGGGAGAAACAAGUUUGUGAAGCAGGAAUGGCAUGGGAAAGACUGGCCUGAGCAUCUCCCUGCCUCUUAUGCCAAGGCCCUUCUGCAUUGGCCUGCCAUACCUACUGAGCAAGAGGAGGAGCCCUUCGUCAUUCCAGAUAUACAUGGUACCUGAGAGGAGGAUCCAUUGUUUGACCUGAGCUUCUGGAGAGGAUAGAUCAAAGAAUAAAUCCUGAAGUACACCUGUGAAUCCACAGCCCAGGUGUAGAUAGGCUCCAAGUUGCUUCUGUCAAAUACUGCUGACUGUUCCUUCGCUUUCUUUCAGACUAUUCACUUUCCAGAAUGUUUGUCGGAUAUGAAGAUGCUGAAGCCAUUAAAAUGUAUGAAGAUGAACUUUAUCACGAGGAGUCAUCCAGUGAUGGCAUUGACAGUGAGGUGGAAUUUCAUCUCUACAGCCAGAUCCACUAUUCCCAGAAUCUUGAGGAAACUGGCACGAUGGAAAUGGAUGAGGAAGCUGAAGUUUCAGGAGUUUCAGGAGUUACUGGUCAUAGUUCAGUUCUAACUGAGAAACAGCAUGCAAACCAGAACAUCACUGAGUCUGUGCCUUGUAUUCAAGUUUCAGAUGACUCUGAGAUCAUUGUCUUGUCUGAUACAUCAGAGGAAGACAGUGUUUACAAAAGCAAAGCAGCGAAGUCAAGAAGUUUUGUAGCUGAAGGCAAAAUACAUAUGCAUCCAAGAUCUUCCACGCCGUAUCAUGCCAAAGCUGCUGGAUGUAAUAGCCUGUAUCCUGCUGGUUCAGGCACAGACAUUUCAAGGCAAAUGAAAAGCACUAGUGGGAAGCAUAACCCAGUCAGUUCUGCUGGAGCUCAUGCCAUCCCAGAAGUGCUGGUAAUAGAUGAUAGCUCAGAGGAGGAGAGUUUGGCAUCUGAAAGUGAUAAUGUCGAGAGCUGGAUGCUUCUGGGAGCAGGUGCAGAUGACAGAGAUGAAAAUAUAUUGUUGAACCUUGAAGACUGUGCAAGUCCUGUCAGUGAAGGAGAAGAUGAUGUGGACUGGUCCAUCUGUAAUAAAGACUUAGAGGCACAGAUUUCUAACUAUGGGAGUGUGAGGCAUACCACUGUGCGGUACUACACAGCUGCUAAAAAUGUUACCUGCAGAAAUUGCAGCAGACCAGGCCAUUUGUCCAAGAACUGCCCUACUCCGAAGAAAGUUCCUGCUUGUUGCCUGUGUGCAGAAAGAGGUCAUCUACAAAAUAGUUGCCCAGCACGAUUUUGCUUAAACUGCUCUUUGCCUGGCCACUAUUUCAAGGAAUGUAUUGAGAGACCCUAUUGGAAUAAACACUGCAGUCGCUGUGAUAUGAAGGGACAUUAUGCUGAUGCUUGCCCAGAAAUAUGGAGGCAGUAUCACCUAACAACAAAGCCAGGACCCAUCAAGGCAGCCAGUUCUCACUCUGAGCGCUCUGCUGUAGUGUACUGCUACAACUGUUCCCGGAAAGGACAUUUCGGAUAUGAGUGCUCAGAAAGGCGGAUGCAUGGAAGCAUGUUACCUUCUUCUCCAUUCAUCUGCUACUAUGAUGAUGAAUACGAUAUCAAGAGAAGGGCAAACAGAUUAAAAAGAAAGGUUGCAGAACUAUAUGAAGCUGGCCUUCUGCCUGAAAAGCCAGAGAUACCAUGGCAGGAGGAGGAACAUGAGGGGCACAGCUGUAAGAAAAAGAACAAGUCUUGGAAAGAACAUCGGAAACAUAAGAAAGAUGGCAAGUGUCACAAAAGGGUGAAGAUGUCCCAGGCAGAGAAACACAGAGAAGAGAAAUACAGGAGUGAUGUUGAAAUCAGCCACAACCUGGAAGAGGACUUCCCUAGAGGGUGUAAAAGGCAGGCAUGUAAGGGCAGCAAAAUCCAUCACAAGUCCAUUUUCAAGGCAUUCUCAGGCAGCAAGACUGCUUACACGCAGGAGUCUCUGAAAGGUGCUAAAAGAAAGAAGAAAUGGAAAAAGCGGAAAGAUGCUACUGCUGGUAACACUGGGGAUUUAUUUCUCAUAAAACAGAAGAAGAAGAGGUCUUCUUCCUGGUAAUAAGGAAGUAGAUAUGUAGCACUGGCAUUUACUGACUCCAGUUCCAUCUUCUCUUUAUUUUUGUCCCUCUCUUAGUACAACUGAAUUUGAGUCUGUCCCUGAACCCACAUGGGCAUGCCCAGGCACAAGUCACACACUUAAUUCUGUUCCCAGAAGGGAGUGCUCUGUCUGUCAUGAACUGGCCAUUUGACAGGCGGCCUUAGUGCUUGUGCCUGGAGUGGCUGUACUUUCCAGCAGUCCCAGUAUAGGCUGUAAGUUUGUUUUCUUUGCUUCAGGGGGGGGAUAUGGAGGUAAAAGGGGCUGUGCUUGGUUUGGUAGCUUUUGUUUUUUCAUCAGUGAGGUGUUGCUCUGCCUGCCAGAGCAGGAUGUGUUGCUAGGGAACACAAUGCCUUUGGAGCUGACAGUGGAAAGACUCUCAUGUUAGAAGUUGGAAUGCAGACCAGAGAUGUGGAUAUAAAGCAUGUUUCCUGCAGCCACUCAGUAUUUUCCAGCUUGCAGCUGGGCACUGUUUCACUUCAGUCCCUCCCAGAAUGAGGGUGUUGCAAAGUCAUUGGCUUGCACUUUGGGAUUUGACAGUCUUCUGCCUCAUGCUCCAUUGUGGAUCCAUCACCCCCAGUGCCACAAUUUUUGUUGCACAGACCCAUUCCCUCUCUUUGCCAUCUAGUCAGCAGGGCAGGAGAAAGCAGCUGAGAACAGAGUUUACAUCUCAAAUUAAAUAUGUCCUGUUCCCCUUGACGUGGAAGUUAUUUCUGGUGAAAAGAUAGAGUAUGAAAGAUUUAUUUGGUUCCAGACAUACUGUGUUAAAAUUUAGUAAUUUUUUUAAAGACAGGUAUUUUUGUACACUGGAAUUAAAUGUGUUUAAAAGCUUUGUAAGAAGAAGUGCUUAAUCAAAGGAGCAACCUAAAUAAAACUUCACAAGGAAUAUAAAAAAAUGUAGCUUUAUUUCACAUUUUCUCACAUUACUAAGCAUAAUUCAAACCAGUUUUCUUCUCUUUCAUGAGCUGAAACUAUGUCACCUCUGGCAAGAGAUUCUCCUGGUUUUGAAAAGGAAAUUAUGACUCACGGCCUGCUCCAUCCUAUACCACUCCUUUUGCUAAGCAAUUGAUAGUAACUAACAACUCAGUUUCAGAAAAGUGCAUGUCCUCUCUUAAUUUUACUAAGACAUAGGCCUUUGGCUACAGUUGUGUUUUAAAAUUGGAAAGCAUUUGUAACCUGUGCUAAUUUAAGGGCAUCUGAGAAACUGAUACAGGUACACUAGAAACAGUUCAGGAUUAUCAUUCUGACAGUAGUAUUCUUUGCUGGUACUCCCUGAAUUCAUCAGCUUUUUGUUUGGCAAAGUUGCCAGUGAGAACACUGGUAUUUUAGUGACCAUAUCACCUCAUCUCAGAGGUGGCUGGAGUAGAGCUACACCUGCAUAAUAUACUUGAGAACCUAAUGCCCUGUUUUGCUUAUGUGUGUGUCCUUGCUGGCAACCGAAGUUUAAUUUCAGUGAUCACCUGAUUGAAAAGUUCCUCACAAUACUGAAAAAGUAAAUCAUUUUUAGCCCUAAUAAAAAUA